CGAAUUGAAGUUUUGUAGAAGUUAGAAACCUGUAGCGUAAGUGUGGUUUCUGUGGUUGUGGGGUGUUGUGGUGUAAUUAUUUGUCUUGCAACUAUUUUCAGCGGAAGCGAACAACAGGAAGUCGGGCUGCUUUUGAUCGCACGUGAAUCUCGGUUGGCGAUCUCUCUAUUCCGCUGAGCACGUGUGAUCGUUCUCGGUGUCAACAUUUGCAUUUCCUCUGCGUGAUCUGCUUCAGCCAUGUCCGAAGUGAGCGAGCUGGUUAACUUCUUGGCCAAAAGCGCGCCGACUGGGCCAAAGAAUCAAGCCAUUGCGUACAUUACAGGCCUACCAAGUUCAGAGGAUGGACGCUCCCUCCUGCUCAAGAACCCGGACGUGGCGAAAGCAGUGGCCCUGCUCGUACUGCAGGACGAGAACGCCGUGACCGUCUCCCAAGCAUACAAGUGCCUGACAAACCUCACGUCGGUGCCGGCCAUCUCGGAGUACCUUGUCGAACAUGAUUACGGUGGCAUUACGGCCCACUUGGUGAAUAGUUCGCUCAAGAGCGACGACUCGGCAGCGCUGCAAUGUGCUGCCAUGCUGUCGAACCUCACUAGAGGCAGGCAGGGUGCCGAAAAGCUCUGGACGCUGUUGCGCUCGACCAACAAGUGCGACGACCUCCUGGCAGCGCUCUGUUCUAGCACCAGCGAAAACCGCGACCACCUCAGCUUCGUCUUCUCGAACCUCUCUCAACUGGACGAGGUUCGGAGGUGGUUAUUGGACCAGGCUGCCAGGAGGGUGCAGAAAUUCUUUCCUUUUCUGACGCUUGAGACUUCUUCCGUUCGAAGGCACGGUGCAGCUGCAGUGCUGCGGAACUGCUGUUUUGAAACCGACAGUAAUGAGUGGCUGCUGAGUCCUGACGUCGACAUCCUUCCUCGGUUGCUGUAUCCACUCAUGGGCCCCGAGGAGCUGGAUGAAGACGAGAUGGAGAAGUUGCCCCUAGAGCUACAGUACUUGGGCAGCGAUAAGCAGCGAGAAGGGAGCCCAGAAAUUCGACAGAUGCUCAUCGAGGCAAUCAUGCAGCUCUGUGCCACCAAAAAGUGCCGGGAGCACAUAAAGAACUCUGGAGCCUAUUAUGUGCUACGAGAGCUGCACAAGUCGGAAAGCUGUCGUCCCGUUGUGGUGGCAUGCGAAAACCUGGUGGACAUCCUAAUCAGUGACGAGCCCGAGCCAGGCAUGGAGAACCUCAAGGAUGUCGACAUACCUGAGCAUCUCACAAAAAAAUUUGAAGCUUACAACGAAGAACUUCUCAAGGAGUGAAUGAUGAUCUAAAAAUUAGUGACAUUUUUUUUUUCAUCAUUAAAGUCCUCUGGGUUAAAAUAA